AUGUCUGCCUUCGUCCCCGCCACGCCGGUCGCCGCGCAAGCCCCCGUGCUGCUGCGCCGCUCGGCCUUUGCCUGCCCCGCUUCGACGACGCGCUUGCAUGCCGCCGUCAGCCGCCGGUGCCGGCUCGCGCCCGCGCCGCGCAUGAUGGCCGAAGCUUCCGCGGAGACUGAAGCGCCGCCCGCGGAGGAGAAGUUCGAGUUCCAGGCGGAGGUGUCGCGCGUUAUGCACCUGAUUAUCAACUCGCUGUACUCGAACAAGGACAUCUUCUUGCGGGAGCUGGUCAGCAAUGCGUCUGACGCCUGCGAUAAGAAGAGGUUUCUCGCUCUUAGCUCUGGCACGGAUGGCGGGCAGCCGGAGGUCUUUGUCAAGGCCGAUAAGGAAAAGGGCACUAUUACUGUCGAGGAUUCGGGUAUUGGUAUGACCAGACAGGAGCUGAUUAAUAACUUGGGAUCAAUCGCUACGUCGGGCACUUCCAAGUUUGUUGACGCUCUCGGAGAGAACGGCAGCGGGGAUAUGAAUCUCAUUGGCCAGUUCGGUGUUGGCUUCUACUCAGCCUAUUUGGUGUCUGAUAGUGUCCAGGUUGUCACUAGGUCGUAUACUGAUCCUAAUGCGAAGCAAUAUCGGUGGGAGUCAGAUGCCGAGAACUCAUUUAUCAUCAGAGAAGACGACUCCGAGCCGUUUAAGAAUGGCUCGGGCACCAGGAUCAUUCUGCAUGUCAAGGAGGGGUGCAAGGAGUUUUUGGAAAACUACAAGUUGGAAGAGUUGAUGAAGCGUUACUCAGAGUUUAUUCAAUUCCCAGUGUAUUCAUGGGCAUCUCGCACAGAGUAUGAUGAGGUGCCGGACGGUGAUGAGAAGGAUGCCGAGGGCAAGCAGAAGAUGAAGCGCGAGCCGCGGACAGUUGAGGAAUGGUCCCAGGUGAAUAAGCUGAAGCCCUUGUGGAUGAGGAAGCCCAAAGAGAUCAGUAGUGAUGAGUACAGCGCCUUCUACAAGACCAUCACAAAGGACUUUUCAGAUCCUCUCGCGCACACGCACUUCGCUGUUGAGGGUGAUGUUGAGUUCCGCGCUUUACUGUUCUGCCCCAAGACGCUGCCGUCUAACCUUCGGCAAAACAUGUUUGGAGAUCAGGGCAGCUUGCUCAAGCUGUACGUGAAGAGAGUCUUCAUUUCGGACAAGUUCGAGGACCUGCUACCGCGCUGGUUGGUCUUCAUUAAGGGUGUCAUUGAUAGCGAGGAUUUACCGCUCAACGUCAGUCGAGAAAUUCUGCAGAAGAGCAGAGUUCUCCGCAUCAUAUCGAAGAGGCUGGUGCGCAAGUCCGUCGACAUGUUCAAGGCGGUCAAAGCGAGAGACAACAACGAUUUCGAGGACUUCUGGGCUCAAUUUGGGCGGUACAUCAAGGCAGGUAUCAUUGAAACCGAUGACCACACGGAUGACUUAAUGAAGCUCGCCCUAUGGCCGUCCACUCAAAGCCAGGAGAAGUUGACGGAUCUUGAUGGAUAUGUUUCCCGAAUGAAGGAGAGUCAGAAGGAUAUCUACUUUGUGGCCGCUGAUUCAAGAGCGGCCGGGGAAUCGGCACCAGCGAUGGAGAGGCUUCGCAAGCACGGUUACGAGGUACUGUUCCUGACUGAACCGGUGGACGAGAUGACAGUGCAGAAGGUGAUCACUUUCAAGACCAAGCGCAAUGCUGACGACAAGGACGACACCAUGUUCAAGUUUGUGGACGUGACCAAGGACGAUCUGGAUCUUGGCGAGCUCAAGUCCGACGAGGAGAAGAAGGAGGACAAGGCGCUGGUCGAGGAAUACAAGGCGGUGGUGGAAUACUUCCAGAAAUUGCUCAGCGACAAGGUCGGUAAGGUGCAGGUGAGCGACCGCCUAACUGAAUCGGCGUCAACGAUCACGCAGUCUUCGUUUGGUAUUUCUCCGACCAUGGAGAGGUACAUGAAGGAAGUUGGGUCCGCAAAUCUCAACGACCCUGGGAUGUCGGGCUUUAUGGUCAAGUCUCGGACGCUGGAGAUCAACCCCAAGCACCCAAUCGUGAAGGACAUCAAGACGCAGAUGGAAGGCGCAGCCGGCGGAGACGAGGACCAGCUGAAGCAAACAUGCACACUGGUCUACGAGCUGGCGUUGCUGACGGCCGGAUAUCCAUUGGAUGACACGGCGGUGUUCGCCAGACGCGUGAGCUCGUUAGUGUCGCCAAAUAUCGCAGCGCCGGAGGUAGUGGUGCCGGAUCCGGAACAAGCGGCGCCAUCGCUCAAUGAUGAGAUGGCCGAUUUGACACAGGAGGAUAUGCAAAGGAACCUGAACGAACAACUGGAGAAGAUGGGGGCCAACGUGGACGUGCUAACCGACCAGGCCAGGGGGGACACGGAGACUAUUGACGCGGAGACCAUUGACACGGAGAGUAUUGACACGGAGAGUAUAGACACGGAGGCUAAGGCGACAGAGGUGGCAGAGAGCGGGGAUGGGGAGGGGCAGGGGGAGGAGAAGGUUAAAAAGGCUGAGACGGAAGUUGUAGAGUGAGGUAGACGGGGAGCAACUUUUGAAUGACAGAGUUUUGGUAGACUAGAGCGGGUGAGAGUAAAAACUCGUAAGGCGGUAAAUUUCGUCAUCAUCAGGCUCUCAUGAAUAAGACGUGUCUCUGUAUCGAGACGAUUUGGUUGCGCUGUGGCA